AUUUAUUUACCUCAGUCAGUUCAGUGAAUUCAAUUCCAAGUGAUCGAUAGCCAAGUGAUAAUACAAGUAGUGCAAUAUGGCAAAUACUGUAAAAGAAGUGCAAGAAGAAUGGGACGAACUGGCAGAAGAUUACAAAAAGUUAGAUGCUCUCAACGAAGUGUAUUUAAAGAAAAUUAAAGAAGUACAAGCACUACAAGAUAAUUGUAAAAAACAUAUCAUACACCAAAGAUACCGAAUGCAAAAACUAAGCCAGUCGUUGAAAGAUGUUCCAGAAGAUCCAAAAACCAAAGAACUGCAUGAAAUGUUCGCAGAACGAGAAGCCAGUCUGCAAGAUAUUGAACAAAACUUGCCAAGAAAAAGUGACAGAUACAUGCUAAAAUUUAUCUUAGGUAGAAUAGAUGUGUCAUUUCUAAACAAAGAAAGAAAGUUUCAAUACAAAGAAGACUACGAAAAAUUUAAACUUGUUUGUCACUUCAUAGCUUUCGUGUUAUGUAUUACUUUAAGCCAUUACAACUAUAGAUUUUUGGACAAGAUAUUCGCUGGCUUCUUAGCUUGGUACUAUUGUACGAUUUCAAUUAGAGAAAGCAUCCUCAAAGUGAAUGGAUCAAGAAUCAAAGGUUGGUGGAGGGUUCAUCACAUCCUAUCAAUAGUUAGUUCUGGUUUGUUACUUACAUGGCCUGACAAUGAACCGUGGGAGUUGUUUAGAGUGUACUUCAUCCGUUAUACCAUUUACAGUACUUUUACACAGUACCUGCAGUUUAGAUACCAACGUGGAGUUCUCUACAGACUAAAAUCUCUUGGUGAAAUGGAAAACAUGGAUAUCACAGUGGAAGGUUUCCAUUCUUGGAUGUGGAGAGGACUAACAUUCCUAUUGCCGUUUUUGUUUAUUGCAUAUAUCUUCCAACUGGUCAAUGCUGUUGUUCUGUAUGGCUUGAGCCAACAUCCACAGGCUUCUUGGGAAAGUGGCGCACUUGCUAUUAUCUUCCUAGUGUUCUUCGUCGGUAAUACCAUCACAACGUUACGUGUUAUUCCAAAGAAGAUGAAAAAAAAUAUGUAUAUACAGUACAAGAUAUUGUCUAAUAAGUUUUAUGAGACAAUUAGCGAUUCUGUAAGAAAAGAGAGUUCCAAGGAUAGUACAAAAAAAGAAAGUGAGGUAAAGCAAACAUAAAUUUGGUUUGAAGGGAUAUUUUUAAGGUAAUAUUCAUUUUGUUUAAAAAAGUGUGAUAUUAGUUUUAUGAGAACUGUGUAAAAAUUAAUAAAGUGUUGUGUUUUUAUAA